AUGAAGUCCGCUGUUUUCUCAUGCAUACCCGUUACUCUGUUAUUCCAGCUCAACGACGCUAGAGUAUAUGCGAUUGACACUGGCGUCGUGACACCGUCUUCACUAUGGCCUACCUACUGCGAUACUUCUUUCACAUGUAGUUCUCCCCCGGACUCAGAGCGGAACAAUAUUCUUUGGCGAUGGAAGUACUGUUGCCAGCUUGGAUCGCAUCCCAACCACAGACACGGAUGCACCGGCAACAACAAUCCCGGUGUUAGACGCGACAUGCCGAAUAAUUGGCAAGGCGCUGCGUGCGGUGCUGGCAACAACGGUGUUACCAUCUGGGCUAUUUCGCUCCCUUGA